GUGAGGUUUGACCCUGGGCCUCUUCUCAGUCUCGUCUCGCUAGCGAUUAUUUGCGCACCCGCCCUCCCACGUGUACGAUGUUGUGUUUAGAGCUGUUUGUUCUCCAAAUCCAUGGGGCUGGUCCUGGCUAAAUCGUCCGUCCAAAUUAGUUAGUAAAUUUCGGACAUAUGCAUAUGUCAAGUUCGAACGCCACUUCAUCAAGUGACUUCAAGCACGAAUCAAUGAAGUCAGGAAUCGAUUAAUCAACGUUCGACUUUGGUCUUAUCUAGGAACCACUAUCUUCCUUCGUCUAUAAAGGGCUGUCUAGGGGAGACUAAGUCUAUCCGAUCGGCCCAGUGUUUGCUUUUAGGUUUCAUCUUGUAAGUCUAGCCACCGCAGUACUGAUGGCUCGUGCUGUCCAACGUCUCUUAGCCAUACAAAAUGCACUCACAGACAAUCCUGUCAGUGAUGAUCAGAAUGUGGACGAAUUCAUCUUGCCAGAUGGUGCGGUGAUGACUGCCAAGGCAGACUCUGUUUCGCCGACAAAUUUCGUUCGCAUCGAUGGACUGGUUGUGUGCGAGUAUCAUUUACUCGAUCAGACCGCGCAGCUUGUCCUUUCAGCUGUCGGCACGCAGUUUGAAAAUACUGCAUCACAUGUGCCAAACUUUCAGGUGAUAGAGAUCCUUCCUUCCCCAAGAUUGCCACAGGCGUCUAGAAACGACAUAUCCGUGAAAGAUAUGUGGGCAACUGUGUACGCACUCUUCACACUGUACCACAAUCAAGAAACCAUCCCGGUCGUACUGUCUCAGACAAUCAACAACAACGAAGAGCUACGCUCAUAUUUACUUCGAUCUGGCCUCGGACGCACGGCGCAUGCGCCUACAGCUCCCAAGAAGGAGAUAUACUUGCACAGAGCCACGUUCUGGCAGGGUGCGGGCACACAAGGAUACCAUACUCGCGGUUGGCUACCUCCAUCGUCAUUUUCGAUUGCGCCCUUUCCCUACAUCCAGUCAUUCACCCGUACACCCACUGUCAUUUCCGUGCACCCUCUUCGUCCACCAAAGCCCAAACCGGGAGAAAACACUCUAGAGUUCACGUACUUUGAUCUCGGCAGCGGAUCGGAUACUUCAGCACAUCUAGACUCGUUUCAUCGUUGGCAUAACCAAGAGCGAGUGAACAAGGCGUGGGGAGAACGCGGCUCGCUGGAGAAACACAGAGCAUAUAUCACAGAAGUAACGAACGAUCCUGCUCCCAUGGGGUAUGCGGAGAUCACGUAUCUAAAGGAAAAUCAUGUGGCGCCCUACGUUCAUGGUGGUCCUGGAGACUGGGACAGAGGCCUCCACGUCCUUGUCGGAGAGGAUAAGUUCCGUGGUGCCGAACGAACAAAUAUGUGGCAUCGUGCUCUGAUACACUACUGCUUCCUGGCGGACUCCCGCACGGAAAAUGUGAUGGGCGAGCCCAAAGCUGAUAAUGCCUCCAUCAUCAAAGUGGAAUUUGACUCGGCCAUGCAUAUCGCAACAAUUUUUGACUUUCCUUAUAAACGCUCUGCACUCGUCUGCGCUACCAGAGAGCGCUUCUUCAGGCUGGACGUGCUGUGAUAAUGAUGCGUUUCAAGUUGCUAGUAACCAAGCACCCUGUAAAUAGCAUAAACUGGAUCCGUCCGGCAUGGGAUAGUGAGUAGAGACCAGGAUAGCUUGCGAUACAAUGUUUUUUCUGUGGAGCCAAAAAAAUAGAACCGGACCAAAAGUGUCGCAAUCGUAGGAGUGUCAAUGACUAAUGUGACAGAAUUCAUUAUACAUGAUGACCAC